AAUAUUCACUGCUUACUUUUUAGCCAAUCAGAGUGUAGUGAAAAGUUCACUGCGUUCGGCCUUACUUCCGAAUUAUAACUUCCUGAUCAGAGGCAUCGUCCCUUCCACACUAUGUCGCAGAUUAAUUACAGCAAGUGGGAUCACAUCGAGAUCUCCGAUGAUGAGGAUGACACUCACCCAAACAUUGACACAGCCAGUUUGCAUCGAUGGCGCCACCAGGCCAGGGUGGACAGGAUGGAACAACAAAAGAAAAAGAAAGAUGAUUUGACUAAGGAUUUUAACAAACAUCAGCAGAAGUUAGUUGAAGUGAAACACAGGCUGAAAGAGGCAGAGGAGCAAGCAUCAACUGACCUGGAGAAGUUGAAGAUAGAAGUGUCUGAGUUGGAGAAACAAGAAAGUGACUUCAAGAAAAAAGAAGCAGAACUCUUGAAAGAGGAAAAGCUAACUCCCCUUAACAUCGACACAAUAUGUCAUGAUGGAAUGUCAAAAACAGUGAUCAACAAGCCCAAGCCUGCACCAGAAACACUCUCAGAUGAUGAGAAAGCCAAGAAACAGAAAGAGUUCUCCAACAAAUAUAAAGACAAGAUUAAGAAGUAUGGGAUGCUGAAACGCUACGAGGACAGCCAGCAGUUCCUGGCCGACACGCCGGACCUAGUGUGUGACGAGACUGCCAACUACCUGGUGCUGUGGUGUGUGGAUCUCGAAAUAGAAGAGAAACAUGAGCUGAUGUCCCAUGUAGCUCACCAGGUGAUUGUCAUGCAAUUUAUCCUGGAGCUGGCCAGGUCCCUGGAAUGUGACCCGCGUAGCUGUGUCCGGGCAUUCUUCUCUAGGAUCAAGCUAGGGGAGAAGCAGUACAUGGAUGCUUUCAACGAUGAGCUGUCGGCCUUCAAAGGUCGCGUGGCGACAAGAGCGAAGGCCCGGGUAGAGGAAGCUAUGAAGGAGUAUGAGGAGGAGGAGCGACAGAAACGUCUGGGACCUGGUGGCCUUGACCCCCUGGAGGUGCUGGAGACACUACCUGAGACUUUGAAGAACUGUUUUGAAUCAAAAGACAUUGAAUUGUUGAAGAAAGUGAUCCUGGAUCUGCCCAAAGAAGAUGCCGAGUACCACAUGAAGCGGUGUGUUGAGUCCGGGCUGUGGGUGCCCAACGCAGCAGACUUGCCCGGGGGCCUGAACACAGAGGAUGCGGCUGGAGGACAGAAUGGCACAUCCGUGGAAGAGGAGGAAGAGGAAUAUUAUGACACGGUUGACUGAGAGGGAGAUGGAACCACUUGUUUUUUGAUAGCUCUACCUAAACAACUCUGGUGAAUGUAUCAGUAUUGUUCUUACAUGAGACGUCAGUUCUGUGGUCUCAUUGUUAAGCAGACCAUGAUACAACAUUGGCUGUGGUCUCAUUGUAAAGCAGACCAUGAGACAACAUUGGCUGUGGUCUCAUUGUAAAGCAGAACAUGAGACAACAUUGGCUGUGGUCUCAUUGUAAAGCAGACCAUGAUACAACAUUGGCUGUGGUCUCAUUGUUAAGCAGAACACGAGACAACAUUGGCUGUGGUCUCAUUGUAAAGCAGACCAUGAUACAACAUUGGCUGUGGUCUCAUUGUUAAGCAGAACACGAGACAUUGGCUGUGUUCUCUUUGUUAAGCAGAACAAUUGGGUGACUGUAUGAAAUAGUAAGAUAGUGUACAAAGGUCUACACAAUACUCUGCAGUCAUGGCUUUGAUUAAACAGAGCAUUCAAGUGUUAAACAAAUGAAGACAACACAAGUCACCAAACAUCAGCUUUGUGAUUUUAUUCUUCAUAGGGUAUUUUUUUACACAAACUCCAAUAAGAUUUGAUAGUGUGAUAAGGAUAAGUCAUUCAAUGCUCAAAGUUAUUGAUUACUCUCCCAAGUGGCACAUACCUUGCCGAGGCAUGGGAUAGAGGACAUUCAUUCAACUCAGUCAACUGGGAAGGAUACUUCACUGUACCUUGCAGCUUGUAAUUGUUCCUGUGAAAGUAUCUCUGAUCUGAACAUAUCAUAUGCUCUGAUGGAUUUCCUUGUUGGUCAGGUUGUGGAUCAGGGUUUACAGUAGUGUGCUGCUGCUGUUGCCACUGCCAGUCCACUGCUUCCUAGCUGAGAGGGUUUCCCCUGCUUUGUGUGCUCCCUGUCUGAGACGGUUUCCCUGGCUGAGAGGGUUUCCUUGUCUGAAUGGGCUUCCCUGUCGGAGACAGUUUCCCUGUCUGAGAGGGUUUUCCCAGGUAUGUGGGCUCCAUGUCUGAGAGGGUUUUCCCAACUAUGUGGAUUCCCUGUCUGAGAGGGUUUCCUUGUCUGAGAGGGUUUUCCCAGCUAUGUGGGUUCCCUGUCUGAGAGGGUUUCCUUGUCUGAGAGGAUUUUCUCAGUUAUGUGGGUUCCCUGUCUGAGAGGGUUUUCCCCACUGUGUGGGUUCCCUAUAAAUGGUUUCCCUGUCUGAGACGGUUUCCCCUGCUAUGUAGGCUCCCUGUGAGUGGUUUCCCAGUUUGAGGGCAUUUCUACUGUGUUGGUUCACUGUCUGAAUGGGUUUCCUUGUGUGCCUUUGUUGCUGGUCACUGUAGUUUGUUCUCACCUGGUGAAUCAAGGUAACCAUGGUAAUUGGAAGUAAUUUUUGUUUUGUUGUAUUUUCCAGUAGUGAAACACUGUUACUGUGGUGGCCAUCUCGUCAUUGUAGUCCAAACUGUCUGUGCCAAAAAUUGUUUGGGUCCACAUCCUAAAUUUGUCAUUUGGCAUUUCUCACUGCAGCUGCAGUUGUUUCUAUGUGGACUAUUGUUAGCUGAGCUUACUGGACAAAUAUCAAUUUCACUUAACAUUUGACUAGUGGCUAAAGUUACUCCAAUUUGGAGCUGUUGUAGGUAGCGCUACAACUAUCGUAAGUCUAUGUUAAGGUAAGGGAGUUACGAUCAUCUUAGCUUUAAGAUCACUUUGUACAAGGGGACACUGGGCCCCGUUCCACAAAGCGAUCUUAACGCUAUGACUGUCGUAAGGCAAUGUUAAAAUAUAGGAGUUACGAUCAUCUUAGUGCUACGAUCGCCUUGCAGAACAGAGCCGUGAUGUGUUGAAUGUAUGGAUAACUGUGGUUUUACUGUAUUUUGAUAUUCAUGUUCAUUUGUUAAUGAAUUGAUUUUAGUUGAGAUGUUCGUAUGGUUUGCUUUCAAAUACUUGAAACUCUUUAAGGAUGUUAUGUUUAUUUCACAGUGUGUGCUUGUAGCGUUGCUGUCUGUGUAACAUAAUUGUACAUAGUAUGGUGUAAGUUGCGUAUUGAAGAAACUUCCCAAGAAAAAAACUGUUUUGUGUAACUCUGUAUUAAACAUAGACUGAACACUUAAGAUUUCUUGUGCUUUAAUAUUUAUAUGGUCACAUUUAGUUUCUGUUUGAGUAUCUUUGUAAGCUGGUUUGUGAGAACCUUCAAAACAAAGGAAAUGUAUGAAAUAUACCUUCAGCUUUCUUGUGUUAACUGAUGCUUAUGACAAAACAUUCAUAUAUAAAGCUAUUCUUUUUGUAUUUAUAUGGAAUAAAUUAUGUCCAAUAAA